AUGAACAAUAAUGAUUUAUGCGAAUCAAUAGUCAAUAAUGCAAAUCGUAUCUACUAAUUGCUUGCCAAUCUUAAUUCAUAAUUAAAUGAAAAUGGUAGCUUAGGUAAUUUUUAUAAAAUUAUUGUUUUAGUUAAUCCAUAAACUACAACUUCAGUGACCUCCUUUCAAGGAUUUACAUCAAUAUUCUUUCUUUUGUUUUUGGCUUAUGCAAUUUUAACUAUAAUCUCUCCAAGAAAAUAAAUAUUAUCUACAAAAGAAUAAUUUAAUGGAUAAUAAUAGAUAAACCAAUAUGAAGAUGAUUGA